CUCAAGCACUGUCUGACGAGCUGGAAUAAUUCGCCAACCAAUUACCGGCUUCGAGCCCCCCACGGGCCCUCGCGGACGCGUAACCAAACGCUGUGAGACCACGCCAACCGCCAGAAUAAAAUAGAGCUGUCGGGCCGCCCGCUUUUAAAGCGUCCGAAGCCCAGCCCCGCCGGAAAGCAUGCGUACCCCAAGCUGCUGGCGAUUCCAAACCUGCAGCGGCUGCUCCCAAUUUCAGGAGCGCCAGCGACUCGGAAUACCUGAUAUGGCUGAAAGGCGGACGCACUUGCGCCUCUAAUUGCUCGAGGGCGCACACGCCGCACAUGCUGGGGCCGAGGACCUCGCAAAUGCACUGCCUUGUAACUACCACCGGCUCUUUGUAACACUUCCGUUUCAUGUACGUAAUCGAACAAGAAAGUUUGCCACGCUUUUUUCUGAACGCCACAGGCGCCAGCCCUGUGCCUAUGAUCAGUGUCUCGCUAUAUCGUAAAGUAAAAUGACGAGACACAGCCCACGACAUGGCCACGUCACGCUUGCCUGCGCCCACAGCCCAUUCAUACAACAAGCGCGUAUCUUGCACAGAAGCCCGCAUCCUCGGACGGCGAACACCACGCGCUGUGGAUUUCUCUGCACCACGGACCAACCGCGAGGUGUCGCUCAGAGCGCCCGCCUCACAUUUGAGCCAAGCCAACACGGACCGCAAGUGCGAUAAAUACUUCGACAAAGAAGCACCGUUGCGAAACAACGUGGCGAAACAGUACAACGAUGCCUCAGCAGGCGGCCACGGCGGCUGCGCUGUCAGAGCCGCCGCGUGGCCCCACAAUUGCACAGCUGAUGCGUACGCCCCUGCGCUCUUGCGCCACCCUUGGAACUCCAUCCAGCAAGCCUGCUGCGCGAACUGAAAGCUAGAAGUAUUGUUGUCUCUCGCCCGUGCCAAUUCCUCAGUUGGCGUGCCUGCCACUGGAAGCGGCGCAGCCGCCUGCUUGCCCAGAAUACGAAUGGCAUCUGCCAGAACCGAAGGAGCAGGCGGCCUGCGGAGUUUUGUCGCUUCACAAAUCAUGGCCAAAGCGGUCGCUGCAGCCUCGACAGCCGCGGCCGGACUGCCUGCGACGCUGGCUGGCGGAGCAGGGGACGUGCAUUUUGAGCGCAAGGCACAUCGCGGAUCACCU